AUGGUGAAGCCAUCUAACUGCUCCCUGGAGGGAGGAAGUUUCCCCCUUUCAUCAGAAUUUCUUCAAGUGAUAAAGAAGGAUCUCUGGAUAUUUCUUGUGCCUGUGGUGGUUGGACUGGUCCAGUUGGCCUUAUUCCUAGAGGAGAUGGGAUUCUUCCUGAGGAACAUCAAAAGCUCACGUAGGACCUGCCUCUACCUCUGGAUCCUGGGAGUAUACCCGAUAUUCUGCAUCGCCUCCAUCAUCGGAAUGUUCAUCCCUCGCUCCUCCGGCAUCUGCAACUUUGUGGCGUCCAUAUAUCACUCAAUAACACUGUGGAAGUUCUUGGAAUUGAUAACAGAUUUUUUUGGCGGAAAAGCCCAGAUGCUUGAAGUGCUGGGAGGUCAUACAGUGUCGCCCAACCCUCCGCCAUGCUGCUGCUGCUGUUGUUUUCCCAACAUCCAAGUGAACAGGAACAAUCUGAGGUGGAUGAACAUUGCCGUUUACCAGCUGUCUGUUGUCCGCACACUUCUGUUCUUUGUGGGCCUCAUUUUGUGGACAGACGAAAAGUAUGACUAUGGAGAUCUUGAUUACACCAACCCAAACUCCUACAUCAACAUCAUCAUUGGCUUGUCCACAUUCCUGUCCUUUUAUGGCUACCUUCUCUUCUACAAGGCUACCAAGAAGGCCCUGGAAGGCUACAGUCCUCGCUCCAAGUUUAUCUGCAUCACACUAGUUCUGGUUCUGUGUGGUCUGCAAAAUGGCAUCCUGGAAACUAUGGGUGCCCUGGGGGCCAUCCCAUGUGUUCCACCCUGGACCGUGGAGACCCGAUCACAGACCAUCUACAAUUACUCCAUCACGCUAGAGAUGUUUUUCAUCAGCCUUUUCGCCCGUUAUUGUUUCUGCCGAGUCGAGCCAAGUCAUGAAGCUGAAUCACUGAUCCCAGAAGUGGUGAAAAACAAAUCUUCCCAGACCACCUUGGCAGAUAUGUACAGCCUGUCUGAAGACGAAGGUGUUGCCAUCAACUCUGCUUACAUAAGUGAGGGAGAUGAGACUUUAUGCCACAUCGAACAUGCUCCACUAGACAAGUACGACUUCCUCCAGGAGAAUAGGACCGUUCCUAUGCAGAACUACACAGUCAGGUCACCGACACAGAGCAGUGGAAUGGAGCUGGGAAACAUGAACAUGCCACAGGCAGGUGACGUGUCUGAUGGAGCAAAGGCACCCGUGUCUGGCAAAAAUCGUCUUCAAGUACAGGCGCAGAUUAAUUACAUUGAUGAUGCCACAGUGGUGUAA